AUGGGCAAGACAGAGGCUCCUUUCAAGACCGUACUUAACUACACAUGUGACAGUGGGUAUGUCAUGCAGGGAGCCAAUGAGAGCAGGUGUUUACAUGAUGGUACCUGGAGCAGUCCUCCCCCUAUGUGUAAAGCUGUGUACUGUCCACUGCCUAAGCCACCAAAAGACGGAAGAAUUGUCCAUGAAAAGACUCUCACAGGAAAUACUGUCAUGUAUGGUCAAAAAUGGACAUAUGAGUGCAACCCACCAAAAGCACCAAGUCACGAAGAAGGGUCCUGCAUGGCUGAUGGAACCUCAACUGAGCCACCGGUGUGCAGAGACGUCAGCUGCCCUAUUCCAGGACGCAUAGCCAAUGGCUUCAUCACCUUUGCAGUAAUGAGACAGCACAGCUAUAAGGAAAAGGUUAAAUAUGCCUGUAAUGAGCACUACAUUCUGCAUGCACCAUGUGCAGUUGGCAUCAAGAGAGGCCGUAUUUUCUACAAUGGAAGGAAGCUCUGGAUUGCAGACCUGAAACCCAACAGAGUUCUCCAUGGAGAACCUGUGGUCUUCUACUGUCUGAACAAGACUGAGCGGUGUGGCUAUCCAGUGGCAAGCAUCUGCAAUGAUGGGACCCUACCCCUCCCAGAGUGCUUUGAAGAACCAGGAAGAAUGGAAUACACCCUGAGACCCAAAACCCUUCCUUCUGAAAUCACGAUGUGUGCUGCCAACUCCACAAGCCCUGCAGAUACUACAAGAUCUACCUGA